AUGCGUUUUAUCUUGAUUUUGUCCGCCCUGGUCGGGGCAGUUACUGCCCAGACGGUCAUACAGCUCGCUGUCCCCAUGAUCGACAUGGAUGGCAUUUCCGUUUCCGUGGUUGGGAAAGACUCUUAUCAUACGACCUACGCUAUCAAUUGCGUCCAGGGCAGCGACGAGGACAACGACGACAAUGGCGAAGACUAUCCCCUGGAGGACGAUGACCAUGACGGUUGUCCUAUUUCAGCCGGUGCGACAUUAAUCGUGGGUGGCUCCUCGGUAGAUGUUCUUUACAGUGAUUCUAUGGAGGUUGUCAGUGUCGGCUGCAACUCCAACUACGUCUGUAAUGCAUAUGCAAGCGCAUACGGCACCGUCGAAUCAUUUACUACUGCUCUUGAUUCAUCAUAUGUGUUCACUUACCCCGUUACCAUGACGGGUGACGCCGGCCAGGCUACCAUUGCCGCUGCACCAACGCUCGCUACGGCUGGCGCUACGGGUGCGGCGAUCUCGACCCCCAUCGGCGCUGCUGAAUCCAGGACUUUGUCACCUGCUUCCUCCUCUGCUGCUGUUGCUACUUCUACUUCCACGUCCAGUGGUGCUAGUUCCAUUGAAACGGGCUCCUCAUCCACUGCUAGCUCCGGUUCUUCCAGCCCCACGGCAUCCCAUAAUGCCGGUGUUGCGCAGGCCACGGGGUCUCACUGGGCACUUGGUGGUGCGGCGGUGAUGGCUCUGGCUCUACUAUAA